AUGCAACUAGCACUUCCUCCUUUGGGCGGAGAAGCCUGUCCGUAUUUUGCCCCUUUCUUGGGCCUUGCUGGAGCUGCCAGUGCCAUGAUGCUUUCAGCUGCUGGAGCUGCUUUUGGAACUGCAAAGUCUGGGAUUGGAAUUGCUGGCAUUGGCCAAGUGAAGCCUGACCUCAUGAUGAAAUCGCUGAUUCCCAUUAUUAUGGCUGGUAUCAUUGGCGUAUAUGGUCUUGUAGUUUCUGUUUUGAUUGCAAACAACAUGGACCCUACCAAACCCUACUCUCUUUUUGCUGGAUUUGUUCAUCUUGGUGCUGGUCUUUCUACUGGAUUUUCCGGUAUUGGUGCUGGUUACGCGAUUGGACUCGUUGGUGAUGCAGGCGUUAGAUCUUAUUUGUAUCAAUCGAGGAUGUUUGUGGGUAUGGUUCUAGUGCUCAUUUUUGCAGAGGUUCUAGGUUUGUAUGGGUUGAUCGUUAGUCUGAUUUUAAAUACAAAAGCGUCGGGAACAUGCACUUGA